CCUUGAAGUGGGCCUUGCGUUGCUCUUGUUCAGGCAGCAUCCACGGGUCCUUGCGCUGCAACACACCACGUUCAGUACUAGUCUGCCCCUCCCCGACAUGUCUUCCAUUUCAUCUAAUGACUCUUACGACCAUAACGACCUCUCAAAUGCUCUGCUUUCCUCUACUGCUUAUCAUCUCGUCUAUACUAUUCCCCUGAUUGUGCUGUCUACUCUGCUUGCCUUCGCUGGUUCGUUCCUCACUCUUGAUCGCACAAGAGCACUCCCCCGCACCCCGAAAGCGCUGGAUCCCAGAUCCCUCGCCCGUCGAUUACACUCGUGGUUCGUCCUUGAAGGUGGGGUUGGCGGAAUUCUACUGGGUUAUGCUUUCGGAGUUCAUCUAGCUACCUUCCUUUCCAUGAUGAUACCCAAUAUAUCAAAUGCUGCACCUCUCCAUCCGGCGGCAUUCCUGGCUGUGUGGUUAUGCUCCUGUUUAUUUACUGCUGUUAGCUGUGGUCGCUGGAAGUACGUUGCCCGUACCGCGGCUGGCCUGACUGGAUACUCCACUCUCGCGUUGUCGGUGUCCGUCAUUGUUCACCCAUCUCUGGUCACUCGCAUAGUCAUUACGGCCGUAUUCACCAUUCUAGGGACCGUCGCUUGUCUACUGCCAUUUCCUGCGUUCUCUCAUGUUCCCGUACGACUUGCCGCUUCUGCUACUGGCGCGUUUGGAAUCAUACUAUCUCUCGCUCUUCUCACACAUUUGCCUGCGUGGACGGAUGUAUGGGAGAGAUACUGGGUCCGCGACGAUAUCGAGUGGGGCAAUGUAAAGGAGAAGGGUCUGAGUGCUGCGUACUGCUUUAUCUUUGUCAUAGGUGUCGCAUGCGAUUGGGCGUUGCAUCGAUACUAUGGAGAAGACCCUGACGACAAAUGGAAUCAUUACUUGGCAGAUUAUACUCUGAACCUCCCCAAUGAUCAUCAUAGAGCAGGAGAUUUCAGGCUAACUCCAUCCUGGUGGGAGCAGAUCAAGAUAUUCUUCUCGGGCGAAGAGAGGAAGAUACAAUCUCAACUUCAAAAGCCUGUCACCAUUCUGAAGCAAGAGCCAUGGUCUGGUCUCAUGCCAGGUGUUUCCUAUCAAUAUGCCGCUGUUGGAGACAAUGUGAGGAAAGAUGGCUUCAUUGACAGUGGUUCGGAUAACGGGUCUUCACAUGGCAAAGCUUCCAAACUUUCUGCUUGGGAUGACUUCUGGAGAGAUGUCAAGUUUCAGGCAGCAUAUUGAUAAUGGAGUGUGUUUAUUGUUAUGACCUUUAUGAAUGCAAUGAUUUUUGAAUAUUGGCAAAGUAAAUGAUGGUUGACAUAGUAAUUAACACACAGUGCAGUUAAAUCUACAUACACAUAUAUGCUGUAGUGAUGGCCAAAAAUACUGCAAAUAGUAGGUGCUGAUAUUUUUUAGGAUUUGAUAGUUAGUAUAUAACAAUUUUCAAAUGCUAUCUCUCUGUUUCAAUAAAACUUUAAAUCAAAA